UACUCUCCGAGAAAAAUUUUACUCGAUAGCCGUUCCGAAACUCUUUUAAGCGUUUCCGAUUGGUUCGAAUCAGCCAUCGAAUAAAAUUUUCCAGUUACUUACGUUUUCGAACGUAACCUAGGUAUAGACUUUUUCCCAAGGGGUCUUUAAUUUUCGUUCCCGUUUUCGUACCAUCUUGAGUACAGCCCUGUCGACGCGUGUAUGUAUACAUAUAUACACACUACGCAUAUUUGCGUUCACUUUAUACUCGCAAUGACAGUUCAGUCGCACACUCUUUCUCUCAUGUGUCUCCUACGAAACAAGAGCUCCGAAACUGCUCCGGAAUUCGUGCGUAUGCGCGCACGUAGUUUCGUUCCAUUGCGUCUUCAAAAUAACGCCGACUCCGAAGCAGAAUUCUCAUCCCCACGACGUUAAUAAUCCAUCGCUAAUUUCGGCGCGAUCUCAUCGGGUGUAAAGGAAAACGCGCCUUUCACUGCGCGAACGCGGCGCGUUUCUUUUUGAAACAUAUACAGACGAUUCCGUUCCUUCUACGGCGCAUGAUUUCGCGGGUCGCUUUCUCGGAAAUCGCACGUAAGUUCCAAGGGAAAAAAGUGAGAGGAAGAAAUACGAGAGGUGGGGAAACGAAGGAUCACGCGUGUUUCUAUAAAAGAAAACAUUGUUCUACUGAGAGGCCCGCAAAUUUUACAUCGUCGCUGUAUUUUGUAACGGCAUGGAUAAAGCAACGAGUACUCAGGAUGAAGCACAUAUGACAACGCCUGAACUGAUUAAGGCUCACGGUUACAUACCCGAGAUCCACCACAUUUGGACAGAAGAUGGUUAUUGCUUGAAUGUACAUCGUGUAAUCUCAUCUAAUGAUCAAGUGCCAAUAAAAACUGACUCUAUCACAAAUAUUGAUACUGCUGUUAUCAAUAACAGUAGCGAAGAUUUUAAUUCAUCAGUUACUCCCGAUUGUCAUCGUGUUCUAGAAGCUCUCAAAUCUUCCGGUGCAGAUUCAAAAUUACCAGUUAUUGUAAAUCACGGACUUAUAUCCAGUUCUGCAGAUUGGGUAUUACUGGGACCUCGCAAGGCUCUUGCUUAUGUUCUUUGCGACAAUGGAUUCGACGUUUGGCUCGCGAAUGCUCGUGGCAAUACUUACUCUAAAGGCCACAAGCAUUACUCAAUUAAGAAUAGAGAGUUUUGGAAUUUCAGUUGGCACGAGAUCGGAUACUAUGAUUUACCAGCAAUGAUAGAUUAUAUCUUAGAAAAGACUGGUCAUUCCGAAUUAUAUUAUAUUGGUCAUAGUCAAGGUACAACCACGUUUUACGUUAUGCUAAGCGAAAGACCCGAAUAUAAUUCUAAAAUCAAGGGAAUGAUAAGUCUGGCGCCUAUAGCGUUCUUAUCGAAUCAGAGAAGUCCACUCUUCAAGUAUCUCGUGCAUUUUAAUGAUAUAUUGGAGUGGUUUCAGUGGAGCUCCUACUUUUUCAACUUUCAUCAAUUCCCUCGUAAUAAAUGGCAAACACGUGUGUUUGGCACCCUUGUACGCAACGCUCCUUGCGCGGUGACAAAGAGCUUCUGCAACUGUUGGUUUUAUCUAGUCGCCGGAUUCGGUAGUGAUCAGCUUGAUAAAUCCAUGUUACCUUUGAUAUUGGGACACUUUCCGGCCGGCGCUGCAAUAAAACAAAUCGUUCAUUAUGGUCAGUUAAUAAUCUCCGGCUGUUUUCGAAAAUAUGAUUAUGGCGCUAAAGAAAAUCUAAAAAUUUAUGGAUCCACUCAACCACCCAAGUAUAAUCUUGAAAGGAUUAAAGUACCCGUGGCGAUUUUUUAUAGUGACAAUGAUUUUCUCACACAUUAUACUGAUGUUCAAAAACUGGUGAAUAGAUUACCAAACGUUGUAGAAGUCAAAAAGAUACCGUAUGAAAAAUUCAAUCAUAUUGAUUAUUUAUGGGGCCGAGAUGCAAGAACUCUUCUAUAUAAUCGCAUUAUAAUUACGUUAAAGAAAUUUUAAUGUAUAUUUCAAUAAUAUUUUAAAAAUCACAACUUAUAUACAAAAAAAAAUUUCGAUUCUUUGCGUCUACAAUGUACGCAUUAAUUAACUCAUUCGAAUCAAGUAUAUUGUUUAUUGUAAGUUUAUAUUUUGAUCAACUCGAGUGUUAAGAAAUUAACAAUUGAAAUUCCAAGUUCCUCAUUAUAAUUAUAUCCAAUUAUU